AUGGCGGUGGAGAACUGCACUGUGUUUACUGAGUUCAUCUUCUUAGGACUUUCUAGUAGACAGGAUACGCAACUUGGGCUUUUUGUAUUAUUUCUCUUAGUUUAUGGCACAACUAUGGUUGCCAACGUAGGAAUGAUCCUGCUGAUCAAGAUGGACUCCAGACUCCACACUCCCAUGUAUUAUUUCCUGAGCAACCUGUCUUUCUGUGAUGUCUGUUACUCCUCUAUCUCUCCCAAGAUGCUGGCUGAUUUCUUAACUGAGAAAAAGAGGAUCCCAUAUAAUUUUUGUCCUAUACAAAUGUAUUUUUCAGGUGUCUUGGGUGAUGUAGAAUGUCUUUUGUUGGCUGUCAUGGCAUAUGAUCGUUAUGUAGCUAUUUGCAAUCCACUUCUUUAUACAAUUGUCAUGUCCACACGACUCUGUACCCUGCUGGUUUUGCUCACCUAUUUCAUGGGCUUUAUAGAUGCUGCAGUCCAUACAUGCUUAGCUUUUCAGUUGUCCUUCUGCAAUUCCAAUAUCAUCAAUCACUUCUUCUGUGAACUUCCUAUGUUACUUGCACUCUCUACCUCAGAUACAUCCCUCAAUGAGAUUGUGCUAUUCAUACUUGGUACCUUUAUUCUGUCUUGCAGCAUAUACACUGUCUUCCUCUCUUACACUUACAUCAUAGUUACCAUUCUUAGAAUGAAAUCAGCUGAGGGGAGACACAAAGCCUUUUCUACCUGUGCCUCCCACUUAUGCACAGUGUCUAUCUUUCUUGGCACUCUACUCUAUAUGUAUCUCAAACCCAGCUCCAAUGAAUCCAUAGACAGUGAUAAAAUUACUUCUGUUUUCUACACAGUUAUCAUCCCUAUGCUAAACCCAUUAAUCUAUAGCUUAAGAAAUAAGGACGUAAAAAGCGCCCUGAAAAAAGUAAUUAGUACUAAAUUGUGUCUUCUAUAA